AUCAGUUCAAUAAACGACAUCAUAAUGAAGGCCCUCAUUUUAUAUUUUAUUGGUUUUUAUUCUGCAUAUUCUAGCCCAGUUGCGACGGUGGAUGAUCAAUCCUCUUUCGUGACCCACCUCAUAUCAGAGAUUGAUUCAGGACAAUAUGAAAUAGAAGACCUCAUGCGAGAAGCUGUAUUCAAGCCGCCACAAGAAUCCGAUAUCCAAUUCUACUUCCACGUCAGAAAUGGACCAGCUGAUGGCAUCAAAGUGUAUUGGAAUGACAGCGAAGGCAUUCGAUCCGCAGGAUUUGCUAAAGAAAAGCACACUCUGUUCAUCAUCCACGGAUGGAGGAACCAAUACGAUGCAAAAGUCAUCGAGGUUGUCUCGAAAGCGGCCUUGGACGUCCAGGACAUCAAUGUUUUCGCCGUGGACUGGAGUAAAAUCUCCUUCAAGACUUACCUGGAAGCGUCCUCGGCUGUUCCGGAAGUUGGAAGCCUUCUUGGCAAACUCAUGGAUAGUCUUGUAGAGAAUAAUGGGCUGGAUUUGGCCAACACAACUGUUGCUGGGCAUUCUCUGGGUGCUCAUGUUGCUGGGAUAGCUUGCGCUCAUGUUGAAGGCGAAUGUGAUGUUAUUGUAGGUAUGGAUCCAGCGGGUCCACUAUUUUCUUACGACAAAACAGAAGGUCGUCUGGAUACCACUGACGCCAAAUUCGUCCACGUCAUCCACACCAACGCCGGAUUAUUGGGCUUCAACAAAGCCAUAGGUCAUGCUGAUUACUUCCCCAAUGGUGGAGGUAGCCAACCUGGAUGCAUUCUUGAUAUAACCGGAAGUUGCAGCCACUCGAGAUCCUACCUUUAUUAUGCUGAAUCCUUGACGUCGGGUCAUUUCACGGCUAUGAAGUGCGAUAAUUACACCGAAUAUAAAAAUGGAAAUUGUGACGGUCAAAUCAAGUCGUUUAUGGGUCAGUACCAGGUUGACAAGAGUGCAAGAGGAAGUUACUUCUUGAAGACACAUAGUUCUGCGCCAUUUGCAAUGGGAGACAACAGCUAAGCGUAUUGAAAUUUGUAACGUUAUUGUCCACAUAUGGAUCUGCUGAUAGUGCUGAUUCGAAAUAUUGUGAUCUUGAGUACCUAUACUACUGACUUUGUCUAUGAUCAAAAAUAAAUAAAAACAGGUACAUGUGUAUCAAAUCUAUAUGAAAUAUUUCAUAAUAAUCAUAUAUUGUUGCCCAGUUUCGACAAAUAGGUAUACAUAUAUAUAAACGUAAAUAUAUGAAAUAUAAAUACAAAAAACGAAGAGAUCGAGCUGAAGAGUUAUAGUUUUCUUCUUCACCUUGAAAAAAGGAGCAGAUUCAUUCCCGAAAGAUCCAAACAUAGCUGAAAUUAUAUAAUUCCUCAAUAACUGUCGAUUGAAUUUUAGAUUCAUAUAUUGAGUCAUAUUUUCUGGACGAAUGACAUCUUAAGGAAAAUCAUCUGAUUCAUUCUUGUUAAAAAUAAUCCAAUAUUUUCAAAUGAAUUGUUUAUUUGGAAUAAAUAUAUAUGUUUAGUCAAUGUUGCCUGAAAUUAUUCAAUGUAACAACAAAAAACUGUCAAUUUUGAUUUUGUUUGGGUAAUAUAUCCUUUAUUUUUGUGUGUG